AUGCGAUUGAAAGCAGGAAAUUCCGUUUAUUUGUAGGGCCGUUGAAGGCAGCACCCAGUGUAGUGUCAAGGAGACUGGGCGGUCCGUGCUGCGGGCCCGCUGGGAAACACAUGCAGGGAUAUAUAGUAUAAUAUAGCCCAGCUCGGCUAAGAGCGGCGUGCAGGGAACACCGGCCAAAGGAGACUGUGACCACACAUUAACUCUCCACGCAGCCUUCACUUUGAGAGUCAACUAGCAGCAGAAGCUUGUUCCCACGUCAUCAUGGGGGAGGUGGUGCAGAUGCACUUCACCAAGGAGGACUACAUCAUCUUUGCCCUGCUGCUGGUGGCUUCAGCUGGCAUCGGCCUCUUUUAUGCCUUCUCUGGGGGGCGUCAGCGCACAACACAGGAGUUCCUGAUGGCGGACCGCUCUAUGAGUUGCCUGCCGGUGUCACUAUCCCUACUGGCCACGUUUCAGUCAGCCGUGGCCAUCCUGGGCGCUCCCUCUGAAGUGUACACAUUUGGGACACAGUACUGGUUUCUGGGCUGCUCCUAUUUCCUGGGUCUCCUCAUCCCCGCUCAUGUUUUCAUCCCAGUCUUUUACAGGCUGCGGCUGUCCAGUGCCUACGAGUAUCUGGAACUGCGUUUUAACAAGAUGGUUCGUGUAUGUGGAACAGUGACCUUCAUCUUCCAGAUGGUCAUUUAUAUGGGGGUGGUCCUGUAUGCUCCAGCACUGGCCCUUAAUGCAGUAACAGGAUUUGACCUUUGGGGAGCAGUACUUGCUAUGGGCCUGGUGUGUACACUCUAUACAGCUCUAGGAGGGCUGAAGGCAGUAAUCUGGACGGAUGUGUUCCAGACAGUGGUCAUGUUUGCAGGUCAACUGGCCGUCAUCGUGGUCGGGGCCAGUCAGGCUGGGGGGAUGGCCGAGGUGUGGAAGAAAGCCAUCAACGGCAGCCGCAUUGCUGGACUAGACUUAAACCCAGACCCGCUGGAGCGCCACACCUUCUGGACGCUGGGUGUGGGAGGAGUCUUCCUCAUGCUGGCUCUGUACGGCGUCAACCAAGCACAAGUUCAGAGAUACCUCAGUUCCCGCACCGAGAGGGAAGCCGUCAUGUCCUGCUACGUAGUUUUUCCAUGCCAGCAGGUAGUACUGUGUUUAGGUUGUUUGAUGGGUCUGGUCAUGUUUGCACGCUAUGGAGAGAACAGUCCUCUGGACAAGGGUUAUGUGAAAUCUAACGACCAGAUGGUUCUGUACUUCGUCAUGGACGUGUUCCGGGAUCUGCCCGGUCUCCCCGGGCUGUUCGUGGCCUGUCUCUUCAGCGGAGCACUCAGCACAAUCUCAUCAGCUUUCAACUCCUUAGCAACAGUAACUAUGGAGGACCUGAUUAAACCUCUUGUUCCGAAUAUGACUGAAGAAAAGGCCACCCUAUUGUCCAAAGGACUUGCUUUGGCUUACGGUCUGGUGUGUCUAGCUAUGGCCUACGUCGCCUCCAUAAUGGGAUCUGUUCUGCAGGCAGCCUUCAGUAUCUUUGGGAUGGUGGGCGGCCCCCUUUUGGGACUCUUCUGCCUAGGAAUGUUCUUCCCCUGGGCUAACCCCACUGGUGCAUUGGUCGGGUUAGCAUCAGGCCUUGCUAUGGCAUUCUGGAUUGGCAUCGGUAGCUUUUUGAUGCGCCUUCCCGGUCCCACACUAGUGCCCUCUCUCAACACCACUGUCCUGCCGCCACUUGACAACAUCACUAUGACCACCGUGACCUCACUAGUCACCACCGUCACAGCCAAGCCAAGGCCGACAGGUGUGGAAGCGCUCUACUCAUUGUCCUACAUGUGGUACAGCGCUCACAACUCAGCUGUGGUGGUCGUGGUGGGGCUGCUCGUCAGUCUGCUCACAGGACCGAUGAAGGAGGAGGACCUGACCCCCGGUACAGUCUUCCCAGUCAUGCGCUCAUUGCGCUCCUUUCUGCCGGAGCGCUACAGAGAAAAGCUGUGCUGUGUGACUCCUCUGGCCAUGAAGCACAAGGAAAUCAAUCAAAUGGAUAAGAAAGGCAGCAACGGAGCAGCUUACUGUAAAGAGGACAAAGACAUGGAGAGCGACAAAGCAGCAAGAGAGGACGAAGACAUGGACACAAGUAUUACUCAUCCCUCAUACCAGGCGACUGCUUACUCAGUUCAGGAGACAGCCUUGUGAUCUUUGUUUUCUCUCUCUCUCUCUCUCUUUUUCUCUGUUUACACAUACACCUUUACCCCAACUGCUGUCCUGUCAGUCUGACAGAUCAUAGAAGUGUAUUACUCACUUAGCAGAGACUGCAGAUAAUCUGCAGUAUCCAGUUCGGGUGUUGCUUUUAUACUCGCAAUCAGUUAAAUUUGAUUAAAAAGCGUCCUGUGGAGAUGGUGCAAGAAACACUCCAAGCUGAAACCUCACACUGGCGGCAGCUGCUCUUCAUUAAUAAUGCCAACACUUUUGGAUGUAAAUGCCCACAAAGGGGUUUUUAUUCAACUAAAUACAGCUAAAGUGAAGGGAGUUAGCAGUUCUCUUGCACAAUAGAUUCAAAACGUAAAAACUUUUUAUUUUUGCUAGACAAGAAUGAACAAGUAAAUCCCAGAAUAUAAAGAGAUGGUUAAAAUAAGACUGAACUUUGAUGGAAGACCUGCAUCACUAUAAUAUCCUGUUGUCAUGGCCUUGAUAUAAUUAUAAUAAAUAAGAUGUUAAAGUGAGGGUAAAGUGAAAUGUUUAAUUUUGGGCACUUGUCUUAAAUGCCAUAGGGUGCAUUAUGUAGUAAAUAGUUGUCAUUACAGCUUUGUUCUGGUCAACUGAAAGUGCACAAUGAUACCAUUAGACCAAAUAUCAAUAAUAAUUGCCAUCACUUUUUAUUUUUGUAUGUGAUUGCUUAUAUGUGAGCAUGUCAGUGGAGUUUAGGAUUUCUGUCAUUUGGAUAUAUCACAAAUCCCUGACCAAAGUCAGUGAUGUACAACAUCAUGUUAAUCUUAUUGUAAGUAGAAUUGGUGUUUGAGUCACUGCAGAUUCUAUUGAUUCAUAGCCAGUAUCAAAAGAGCAUCGUUUAAGAUGAUUUAACAUCUGAAAGUUGCUGAUUGCAAGAACUCAAUGGGCUCCUUCUCACCCUUGCAUUCGUAGAAAGUAGGAGAAACUACAGUGGCUACUAGAAACACAAAAAGAGAGCAAGUGUUUGGUUCCCGCUGGAUUACAGCAGAAACCCGGUGGGCAACAAGGAGGAGAUGAUAUAUAAUUAUAUAAAAGCAAACUCUAUAAAGUUGAAUUGAAACCUUAACAGUCUGUAAAUAUGUUUCUGACCAAAGUCCUAGAAACGAUGAUUUUAAUUUAACAAUUUUUCUUUUAUUCAUUGAUAAACAUGUGGUUAUGAAUAUUAAAUUAUUUUUGCUAAUUAUAUUUUAAGAUAAUUAAAAAGGAAAGCAAGUUUUUCUUUUUUGAUUAUAACUUUUAUCAGACCUCAUGGAAAGAGUAAAAUGUAUUUUUGUGUACAAAGUAUGUUCUUUGGGCUUGUAGUGUAACUGAUUUUACACCAACAUGCUACCCACUAUCUGAAUCAGGAAACCUGUGUCAUUCGUAGAAGUUGACCUAAUUAUUUUUAUUCUGAAAUGCACUCUUUUUUCUUUUUUUAAUUGUUAUUGUGUAGACAGUUUGAAGUAGUUGUACCUGUGAGGACAUGUUGGCCACACGUACCGUACUCUUAUUAAGUUAAAGUGCUUCACUGUGACUGAAUGUUAUUUUGAUGAGAUGGUGUUUGUGUGGGCAGCACUUCAGAAUUCUUACAGUUUACAUGUUUUAAACCACUGGCUCUAGAUCUGAUGUAAUUACUGCUUUGAAGUUCAGAGAGGGACCAAGUUUAGCUCCUAAUCUGGGUUACUUGAUCUUUCCAAAAAGUAGACAUCUCCAGCAAUUUUGUGUCUUAAGCUUAAUUUAAUUGCUCCUCUUUAUUUUCCCUAAAAUGUAACUGAGGUUGCGUCCACUGCCAGUAAUAUUUGUGUGUUUUUUUUUUUGUAUUUUGAAGCUGUCAUGACUUUAUCAGAAUUUCUGUUUUAGUCGGCCAAUUCGUUAUCUAAGCAGUUUAUUGCAGAUCUGUGUCCACUGUCGUCAAGGAGAGCUUUGCUCUUUCUAAUGAAUGUUGUGCUUCAACUCAUCAUGUGACUUAUUUUGUUUGCACAGUCUGUUAGGUUUCCAAAGACUCUAAAGCACAUCUAUACAAAUGUCUACCUGCACAAGUUUAGUUGUCUGUAACCUUGUUUCUUGCCAUUGAUCAGUUGUUGCAGAAAGUAGCUGCUCUUCUAUUUGAGUUAGUUUGCUGGAAUUGUAUUGUGAGAACAUGCAAUUAGGAAGACGCACAAUUAAGCAGCAGAAAUGACGCAGCUUGGUAGAACUGGCUUGUUUGAAUAGUUUGAGAUUGGUGAGAUCACUCAAUCCCCUGUUUGAUGUAAUGAGCCUUUCUUUAAGAUUAUGAAGGCAGUUCAUUACAUGAGCAGCAUAUUUGUGCCAUUAUCCCAACACCCAAAUGCCUUGAUCUAUCCACAUUGAAAAAAUAGUUUUGUUGUACGCUUUUUUUUUCCACCGGUAGAAAAUAUUUGAUGUGAUUUGUAUAUUUAUUUUACAAUUUCUUGUCAAAUCUGUGCACAUUUCAUCAAGUGAAAUGGGAACUUCUAUAUGCAAGAACCAUUAAGGUUUGUGUAUUUAUUAUAUUAUUGGUAUGACUGUAUGUGAAGGUUAGUGAGAACCGGGAAUACAGCAAUCCACUAGCACAUGGAAACAACUACAACAUAAACAUUUAUGGAUUGAAGUUGUUUUCCUCUCAUGUGAAAGGCUAUCGUUCAAGUGAGAAUGCUUUUUCUUUUUUCGUGUGUUCAAUAAUUUUGUGAAAUUACAGAAUUAUGUGACUGUGAAGUGUUUGAAAUGACAUGUGCGUGGAUGAUUGCAGAUAAUUGCAUAGCCUUGAAUCCUCCAUACCUGAAAUUACUUGAAGUGUGUGCCUGUUGAUAAUUCAGAUGUGUCCCUUUACAAUGUAAUGUCGCUUUUAUGCUAGUACCUACUCAGCACGACUCAACUCCACUCGCCUUGCCCUCGUUUAUUUUCAAUACCCAGAUCAGAAGUAGGAGGUUGGAGCGAAGCUGCUGUGACGUAUUUGAUUGUGUGAUCUAACAACACUAAAGAUGUAGAACCUGGAGGAGAUGAUAGAUGUGCUGCUGGGUCUGUGGCUUGUGUUUGAUACCAAGUUAAAAAAUGAGAGUGAGAGAAGCUUCAAGUGGCUACGCCUUUUUUUUAAAUUUCGUUUGUCUCUGCGCUGCUGAAAUGUCAGCUGGAGCCGU